GAUCCGCUGUGCAUCUGCUACUGCUUGAUCUCACUGUUUAUCGGUCUCACGGGCAUUCACAGUCGCUCAGUAUGCUUGCCACGCUCUAAAUAUUACUCUUUGCCCUUCUUGCGAUCCACCAAGUUUGUCUGAUCGGUCACAUCGCCGCAUUCCGGCCUUGCUCAAUCAAGUCCAACACAUUUUGUCCCUGACCUACAGGUUGUGCAAGCGAAAGAAUAUUGCUCACCAUAUCUAAAAUCUCCAUUCUUACCCCGUCCCCGAACGGUAACCCUCCCAGAGCUGCCAUGGCCACCUCGAACGGCCCCAUGGGCACAUCCAACGUCCGUUCCUCCACCCUCCGCCAAACCCGCACCAACCCCAGCCGUCAAUCUAAAACCGCCGGCCGAACAUCCAUCCUGAACCACGUCGUCAACCCAUUCAACAAUCACGCCCACAACCCCAGCCUAGCAGGCGGACCUGGCAACGGCGGAGCUGGAUCUUACGCCGGGGGCGGUGGCCAGUACCGCGCUGCGAGCCAGCACCCGGCCGGGCUAUAUCCCGGAAUCCACCACUUCACUGAUGCGAUCGAUGCAUUGCCCAGAGAGUUCCGGAGGCAUACGUCGUUGCUGAAUGAAGUGGAUGGGAAGGCGUUUGCGUUGGAAGCACAGCUGCCGAAGUUGUUGCAGGUUGCGGCAGAGUUAAUUUCGGAGCCGUUUCCGAUUCAUGGGUCGGUUGAUGCGAAGAGUGCGCAGGGGUUCCAGACUGAUGGUCUACAGACAGAAUCACCGGAGAGAUCGGCUGCGAGGAGGCAGGCUUUUCAGAAUAUUCGGAACACCCUCACUGACCUAUUACCUACCAUGGACGAGAAAAAUCACGUCGCUCGAAACGCAUUCCUCUCUCUUAAGAAAGAUGUCAACCGGUUGGAGAUGAUUUAUCCUUAUGUUGAAAACGAAAUCUCCGAGGAAGCUCGGAUUGGAAGCCGCACGCACUGGGCAUACCUCAAUAAACCUACUAAAGCUAGUGGAACAGCUGGAUCGGAACGUCCAAGGCGAGAGGCUGCGACAAGAGAUCGUGAUGCAGACGAAACACAUCGCGAAUCCAGAAGAGAAGCAGGUGGCAGAAAGCAACGUCGCAAUCAGGUUGAACCGGAGGUAGAUGAGUCGCGUGUUCGCAAAGGUAACAUUCCCGCGAAGAGUCGUGCUGGAGCUGGAGAGGCUUCACAGGUCAAUCAGAACGUUGCUGCGUCCGCAGGACCGUCGAAGAGGAGGCGUAUUGAAAAAGCAGUGCCCACACCAACAUCUGCAGCAAUGGAACGCUCGGCAAGUGCUGCGACAAACGCGGGUAGAUCGGGUGUCAAAGAAUCGCCUGUCCCUGAAUUCGGCAAAAAGAGAUCUCGGGCUCAAAACGUUACCGCUUCGUCGCGGAAAAGUACUCCUCCCCCAAGCGCCUCCAACCGGCCUCAAUCCGCUCGUUUGCAACAAACUGCUGCUGCCGCGAGCAAUGGCCGCCAGCGACCUUCAUCUGCUACUUCCAACCGGAACCUCAAUUCUAGUACGUCUCUUGGACUUGGACCCGCCCAUCUGGACCGUUCUUCUAACCCGGCCUCCAUUGCAGAUAAAGGUAUUUUGGACAUAAAAGCUCCCGCGCCCAAGGAUUCAUCAUCUGGCCCUAGAGUCGAGCCUAGUUCCCCCGGUGCUGCUGUUUCCUCCAAAACCGGUGUUAAUAGUGUCGAGCCGAAAGCUGAUUCCAUGGUCAUUACCAAACCAGGCGAACGAGACACACAGCGCGAAGUUUCCCUUACUAUCGCCACAGCUACCACAGCCAAAAUGGAACCCCAGGAUGCUGUCAAUACCCACUCUCCCAUCCCACCUAGUGUCACUUCUAAGGGCCGCUCUUCAAAGACUUCUACCCCCGUUGUAUCUACGUUUGCGGAGUCGCAACGAUCCUCCAGGCCAUCUCGAGCCACCGCGGCUGCAGCGGCUGCUGCUGAAGGAUCCAACCCUGCUCCUACCACUAAACGCUCCCACAAGAAAGGAGCGGGUAAUACUGGUACUGCAGCUGCUACUGCCAGACAAUUGGCGCUGGCGGCUGCCAAUGCCGCUGAGGACGAGGACUCUUCUAGACAUGGAGAUGACGAGGAUGAUGAAGGGGAGCUGAGGUAUUGUUACUGUAACCAAAUCAGCUUUGGAGACAUGAUUGCGUGCGAUAUGGAGAAUUGUCCCAGGGAGUGGUUCCAUUUGUCGUGUGUGGGGCUGACAAGGCCGCCGUCAAAGAGUGUCAAGUGGUAUUGCAACGAAUGCAAGGAGACCAUGAAGAAGGGCAAGUCAAAUGGCAGAUAAGCAGGGAUACAUCCAUCUCCACUCCGAAUUCAGUCAACACAUUCCCUUUUUCCCCACAGCAUUCUGUAUAUUACCCCCGCAGUGUUCCCGGAUAUUCCUGCGUUGGUUGCCUCGAGCCAGAAAUGACUAUAUCUGCAUUCAUUUUUUGCUUCCAGGGUGUCUGAGGUAUCCUUUCUUUUCUUUGGGCAAUGCAUUUUUUGGUUCUGCGAAGGGACAGCUAGUCUACCUCCAUACUUAUACGAAAUUUGCUUUGGCGCUUCAUUUUUUUUGGCGCUUCAUUUUAGAGGGGUCUUACGGGUUCUACGCGCCCAAGAAUGGAUGGCUAAUUACUUAUUAAUAUGGCGGUGUUUCCUUUUUCUUUCCGGACCCUCUAGCGAACCUGGAUUUGGGUGAUGUCUUCUUUUGAUAGAACACAGUGCCAUAU